AUGAGCGUAUACAAACCUGAAGAUGAGCAGAAUCAGCAUCAGGAGAGCCAGGUGCCACUUGAAGCUAUCACGCCUAGACCGCUUGUUUUCCCACCAUUGACACAUCAACGACUGGAGAACUGUUCCUUUUCAGCCUGGUAUCCAAUUUUUCGAGCCAAUACCAUAAAGUCGAAAAUCAUUGCUCUACCAGAGGAUUUUAUUUCAUAUCUGAACGCAGAUGGUGUUUUUAUUCCUGGGCAAAGAACAUUUCGACAGGCAACUACAAAUGAUAACGAUAGUAGUGACGAUGAUAAUGACGAUGAUGAGGAGAUACAGGUCCCAUUACCCUCUUUCCCUACAUUAGAACGAGAAAUUGAAAAAACGAUCGAAGAUCUUGGAGGAGAAGUAUUUCCAAAGCUCAACUGGAGUUCGCCUCGAGAUGCUAGUUGGAUCGCGCCUACCAACACUCUUAAAUGCCAUAACGCUGCUGAUAUCUUUUUAUUGCUGAAAUCGUCAGAUUUUGUGGCUCAUGAUCUUGCACAUGCUUAUGAGGAUUGUUCAGAUGGCGCGCCCCUGACGACAAGGAAGGAUCACAUCAUUACCAAAAAGGCUGCAGAGGUUGAUGUUGAUGCUGAUGUUGCUGUUGGUGUACGGCAAAGACCCGAGACCAUAGAGCUGGUUCUUCGAAAGUGGUUUGAUUUGGCGCCUUCAAUGGAAUUUAGAUGUUUUGUCAAAGGUCAUCAGCUGGUAGGCGUCUCACAACGGGAUAUGACCUAUUAUGACUUCCUGAAGGGCAUCAAGGACGAAUUGGAACAAAAGAUCAUUGCCUUUUAUGAAGAGAAGAUCAGGAAUAAAUUCCCGGAUCCUGACUAUACAUUUGAUGUGUACAUCACCAGGAAUAGAGAGCGGAUCUACGUGAUUGAUUUUAAUCCAUUCGCCCAAAAGACAGACUCUCUAUUGUUUGAAUGGGAGGAACUCGUUUCAGCCAAAGAACGUCUCCCUCUAAGGCUUUUAGCUUCCGAGGCAGCUGGUCAACAUAUGAAGCAACCUUUUGCCUUCAAUCGCUAUCCAUCUGAUGUUACGGAUCUGUCCAAUGGUCAAACAGUGGCUGAUUUCGCAGAGGCAUUUUAUAAAAAGGUGCAGGCCGCCAAUGAAAAAUGAUUUUUAUUUUUAUUUUUUAUUUUUUUAUUAUUAUAAUUAUUGUUCCCUAUUGCUCAAGGUUUGCUGCUUCAGUCCACG